AUGAUCCAAUAUUUUUACCGUCUCGACUACCAACAAUCUCUCGACUUUGACAACUAUUCAGUAUUGCCAGACCAGCCAAAUAAUGACACAGACCUUUCCAGUCUCUUUCUCCACGCCAAGGUAUACGCAAUGGCAGAAAAGUAUGGCAUUGGCGGUCUGAAGGACCUUUCCGUAACUAAAUUCAGAACGGCUGCUAAAACAAAAUGGGAUGUUAUUGAUUUUCUUGAUGCUGCUGGCGAGGCUUACACCUCUACUAUCGACACUGAUCGGGGCUUGCGGAACGUCAUCCUUGAAGUAUUUGCCGAACACGGGAACCUGCUAGAUCGGGAUGAGGCAAAGUCGCUCGUUAAGAGACUAGGCUCACUUGCUUAUGAUCUCAUUAUGCAUUUCCAUCAGGAGGGGAAACUUUUGUAUUAA